AAAAUGGAUCCAAAACUUAUUAUUAUUAUUAUUAUUAUUACUACUACUAUUAAUUUAUGCCUGAAAAACAUUAGACUCUAUAUACCAUUCAAAAUUUUCAGGCAUUAUUAACUUUAGCUUAAGUUUAGAAAGAAGAAAAAGUAAUUAAGUUGAUAUCAUGUCAAGAGCUUCAUCAUCAUCUACUCUUACUAAUUUCUUUGUAAUAGUCUCUUGUAUCUUUGUUCUUGCUCCUUUUAGAAUAAGUGCCCAGAAUAAUAAUGCAACUCAACCAACAACUCAUCCCUCUGAAGUGAGAGCUUUGAAUACUGUGUUUAAGCAAUGGAAAAUAAAGGGUGAAUGGAAUACAAGUGAGGAUCCAUGUAGUGGAGCAGCCAUUGACUCUACUGAUUUCAAUGUUCUCACUUUCAACCCUUUUAUCAAAUGUGAUUGUUCUUUCAAAAAUGGCUCACUUUGCCACAUAACUCAACUGAAGGUGUCAAAUGUUGCUGGUACAAUUCCAGAAGAGCUAUGGAGUCUGUCAUUCCUUUCUAAUCUGAAUUUGGGCCAAAAUUUCUUGACAGGCACUCUUUCUCCAUCAAUUGGAAACCUCACUAAGAUGCAGUACUUGAGCUUAGGCAUAAAUGCACUCUCAGGGGAAGUACCAAAGGAAUUAGGACUACUUACUGAGCUAUUGAUUUUGUCCUUUUCAUCAAACAACUUUUCUGGUCCUCUGCCACCUGAAUUAGGGAAUUUAAUUAAAUUACAACAUCUUUUCAUUGAUAGUGCUGGAGUUAGUGGAGAGAUACCUUCAACAUUUGCAAAUCUUCAAAGCUUGGAAACAUUGCGAGCAUCGGACAAUGAAUUCACAGGAAAGAUACCUAAGUUCAUAGGAAAUUGGAAAAAUCUUAAUACCUUGAGGCUUCAAGGAAACUCUUUUGAAGGACCUAUACCAUCAACACUCGCAAAUCUAACUUCUUUAACAGACUUGCAGUUAAGUGAAAUAUCUAAUGCGAGUACUUCUCUUGCAUUUAUCAAGAACAUGAAGUUGCUAAGUACAUUAGUUCUUAGGAAUAACAACAUUACUGGUUCGAUUCCAUCCUAUAUCGGAAAGCUCAGUCAGUUACAACAACUAGAUUUAAGCUUCAACAAGUUAAAUGGACAGAUUCCCAACUCGCUUUUCAACAUUAGUUCACUCUCUUAUCUGUUUCUCGGAAAUAAUAGCCUAAACGGAACCUUGCCUCGAAAAACAAGUACAUCUCUUCUCAAUAUUGAUUUAUCAUACAAUAAUCUAGUUGGGAGCAUUCCUUCUUGGGUCAACAAUCAAAGGAAUCUACACAUUAACUUAGUUGGCAACAACUUUACAUUAGAUAACUUAAACAACAGUCUUCUUCUUUCGGGGUUGAACUGUCUCCAAAAGAGUUUCUCUUGCGGUCUAAGCGAUCCCACGUAUUCUAGCUUCGGGGUUAACUCUGGCGGUAUUGAACUAAAAUCUUUAGAUGGAAUUGAGUAUGAAAAGGAUGAUGAGGCUUUAGGUGCAGCUACACAUUAUGUCACCAGCAGCAAAAGAUGGGCAGAAAGUAAUGUUGGAAUUUUCGCAAACAACAUUAAUUCUAGCUACAUAAGUACUAUAGUAUCUCAAUUCAAAAAUACUUUAGAUGAAGUACUAUUCCAAACAGUAAGGCUUUCUGCUUCAUCAUUGAGAUACUAUGGUUUGGGGCUUGAAAAUGGUAACUACACUGUCAAACUCCAGUUUGCAGAAAUUGCUUUCGAUAAUUCUGGCACUUGGAGAAGUGUUGGCAGGCGCGUUUUUGAUAUUUAUAUCCAGGGAAAUCGAGUUUUACAUGAUUUUGACAUAAAAAAGGAGGCUGGUGGUCUCUCUUUUAGAGCAGUAGAGAAAGAGUUUUCUGUUCAUGUUUCACAGAACUACAUUGAAGUUCACCUAUUUUGGGCUGGAAAAGGAACUUGUUGUAUACCUGCUCCAGGUACUUUUGGGCCAUCCAUUUCAGCAAUCAGUGCCACCCCAGAUUUUAUACCCACUGUGAGCAACAUAUCUCCAAGCACCAUUAGUAACACAUCUCUAAGCACUAAAAAGAAGUACCAUACUGGUCUGAUUGUUGCGGGAGUUGUUGUUGGAUUGGCUGUUUUAAGCAUUUUCUGUGUGUUAGUGGCUUUAUACAUUGCUCGACGAAGGAGGAGAGCUCAAAUGAAUGAAGAGUUCUUGGGAAUGGAUGUUAAACCAUUCACUUUCAGCUAUAAUGAACUGAAGACAGCUACCAAUGAUUUCAAUUCUGUUAAUAAGUUGGGAGAAGGAGGAUUUGGACCUGUCUACAAGGGAACACUUGAAGAUGGAAGAGUUAUUGCAGUGAAGCAACUGUCUGUGACUUCUCAUCAAGGAAAGAGCCAAUUCGUUGCUGAAAUCGCCACAAUAUCUGCUGUGCAACAUCGUAACCUCGUCAAAUUGUAUGGAUGUUGUAUUGAGGGAGAGAAAAGACUUCUUGUUUAUGAGUACCUAGAAAACAAGAGUCUUGAUAAAGCAUUAUUCGUGAAUGGUAGCUUGAGGCUGGAUUGGUCAACACGUUUCGAAAUCUGCAUAGGGGUAGCAAGAGGUCUAGCUUAUCUUCAUGAAGAAUCACGGAUUAGAAUUGUACACAGAGAUGUCAAGUCAAGCAACAUUCUUCUUGAUUCUGAUCUCAUCCCCAAAAUAUCAGAUUUCGGUUUAGCUAAACUUUAUGAUGAUAAACAUACUCAUAUAAGUACACGAAUUGCUGGAACAAUCGGUUAUCUUGCACCAGAAUACGCCAUGCGCGGUCACUUAACAGAGAAAACCGAUAUCUUUGCCUUUGGAGUUGUGGCUCUAGAGCUUAUUAGUGGAAGACCAAAUUCUGACUCUACUUUAGAUGAAGAAAGAAUGUACCUUCUUGAAUGGGCUUGGAAUUUGCAUGAACAAGGCCACGAAAUCGAACUGGCAGAUUCAAAACUAUCAGAAUUCAAUGAGGAAGAAGUGAAAAGAAUGAUUAGAGUAGCUCUACUAUGUACUCAAACAUCACCAACAAUGCGUCCAUCUAUGUCAAGAGUGGUGGCAAUGAUCUUAGGAGAUAGUGAUGUGAGUACUGAAAUUUCAAGGCCUGGUUACUUGGGUGACUGGAAAUUCAGUGAUGUCAGUACCUUCACGAGCCAGAUUAUAAUAGGGACUGAUUCCAGCUUUAAUGACUCGUCUGCAAGCACGAGCAUGGUGGCGGACGCAAUGCCACCGCCGCCAGCAAGUGGUGCAGCUCAGCCAAAUGCUCACAACACCAUCAAAAGUGAAGGUGAUGAAAAAUUGGUUUGAGUUUUAAUAAAUAAAUUUUCUCUAAAAAAAUAAGGUAACACAACACCCGCCAGCUCAGCUCGGCACGACGGCGCGCAUGGUGGUUUGGUGUGUGAGUGAUCACCCAUGCGCGCAAAAUUGGGUACUCCUGGAGGCCCGUACCCAUAUCUCAAACUUGCACUAUUUAUACACUUCUAAUGAAGUGUUUUUAUCUCAUGUGAGACUCCAAUUACUCACACACUUCACUAUUUAUUUUUGUAAGAUUUCACAAAGGUCCACCAGCUGUGUAAUAUAAGAUUCCAAUGAGAAUUUCUUAUCAUCCCAAUUUUUUAGUUUUUGCUAAGUAAAAGAAAUGUUCUUAAAAACAUAUAUUUGAGUUCUUAAACAUAAUGGUUUAUUGAUUGUGUUAGAACAAUGAUUCAAUCAAAACAUUAUUUUCUCUGGUUUUGCUUA